AUGGUUUUAUCCUUUCAGGCUCAGCCUUUAAUUCCUCAAAAAAGCAUAGGAACCUUGAUGUUGUACUCAGGAGUGCAUCGAAGCUCUACUCUAAUGACGGCCACAAAAAAGCAGAAUGUCGUAAGAUUUCUGACUUCUCGCUUCAAGAAACUUUGGCAAGUUUUAAGCUCUUGUUCCAAAUCUAGCUCACAUGUUAGUAGAAAUUCUAGGGCAGAAUCUAGCACGGAUGUUUCUUUUUCAACCAUCAGUUUUCUUCCUGGAUUUUCUGGUUCACUUCCCUUCAAGCUUGAAACAGGAUACAUAGGGGUGGGAGAUGUGGAAUUCUUCUACUAUUUUAUUGAAUCAGAAAGGAAUCCAGCGGAGGAUCCUGUCGUGCUGUGGCUCACUGGCGGACCUGGCUGCACUGCUCUCUCUGGGUUUUUUCUUGAAAUAGGCCCCUUGAAAUUUAACGUGGUCGAGUACAAUGGCAGCUUACCAACUUUUGCUCUGAACCCUUACUCUUGGACAAAGGUUGCAAACAUAAUCUUCCUAGAUGCACCUGUUGGCACAGGAUUUUCUUAUUCAAGGACUUUCCAAGGUUUCAAGACCGGGGAUAAGAAAUUUGCUAAUGAUGGGUACAAUUUUAUGAGGAAGGUGGUUGCAAAGCCAUCCCAAAUACAUCACAAAUCCAUGUCUAUCUUGCUGGUGACUCAUACGCUGGGCAAGAUUGUUCCCAUUAAUUGCUCUAGCAAUAUCAGAAUGGCCAAUGACCAGCUUACUUCAUGUGCUUCAGGUACUGAAGGAAAGGGGCCAUUCCCGCAAUUAAUCUCAAAGGUUGUUUGA